CAAUGAAGAAAAUGAAUGCCCUAGCAAUUGUUCUACCUCUAGCUCCUCUGUCAGUGUACACAUACAGAUUGCUGCGGCAGAAAAGAAGUGCAGCCCUCUAGAACUAUGAUGUGUUCUUGAGCUUUAGAGGCCCAGACACUCGCACUGGUUUCACCGAUUUCCUCUACAAAAGCCUAAUAGCUGCUGGAUUCCGCGUGUUCAGGGAUGAGGACUCGAUCCUGGUCAGCGAGCAGAUAGGCCCAGAGCUUCUAGGGGCCAUCAAGAGUUGUAGGAUUGCGAUCCCAAUCAUCUCUGAACAGUUUGUGCAAAGUAAAUGGUGCCUCCGUGAGCUCACCGAAAUAAUGGAUUGCCACAGAAAGCAUGGCAAAUCAGUCUUCCCUGUAUUCUAUAAGGUGGAUGUUGGUGAUGUGCGACGCCAACGCACGAACUUUGAAAAGGAUCUACGUAAACCUGAGAUGCAGAUCAGCACAGAAGAAAUGGAAAGAUGGUGGGAUGCAUUGACUUCUGUGGCGAGGAUUAAAGGAUGGAUAUCACAGACUAUUGCCAAUGGACAUGAAGCAGAGCUGGUGAAAAUGGUGGUCGCAAAGGUUUCAAGUGAAUUGAAGACUAUGUGGAUCGAACGGCUGCCUAUGUUCAUAAGGUCAGUGCAUUGCCAAGUGUUCUUAGCAUUUCGUGGCCCUGAUACUCGACACAGCCUAGCUGCUUACCUCUACAUCAGCCUUGUGGCUGCAGGAAUUGGUGUGUUUAAUGAUGAUGAUCCAUCUCUCAUAGGUAAAGAUGUUGAUCAUGAGACUUGCAAUGCUCUACAUCAGCCUUGUGGCUGCAGAAAUCGGUGUGUUUAA